UUGGGUUUUAGCCAUAUAGUCAAUUCUCAAAGAUCUUCAGGGAAGGGAGGGACUGCUGAGACUCUGAUCGAACCAAUUCGAAGAUCAGACAGAAAGGGUGUUCGAAUAUCGAAGAACCUCAAGCUUCUGAUAUUACAAUGGCUGCUGAUACAACAGCCCCAAUUUAUUGGUUGAAUUGGAGGGUGUUCCUCUGUGCAUUAGUCCUCUUAUUUCCGUUAACCAUAGCAGCAAUUCUUAUAUGGAGAUAUGAAGGGGUUAAAAGACGAGGCCGUGAGAGAAGGGAAAGCCAGCGGGAACCAACUGGUACCGUGUUUGAGGAUGAAGCUUGGAACACCUGUCUUAAAGGAAUCCAUCCUACUUGGUUGCUUGCCUAUAGGGUCUUUGCUUUUGUUGCAAUGUCGGCUUUGCUCAUUUCCAACGUUGUCAGGGAUGGAGGCGGCAUAUUUUACUUCUAUACCGAGUGGACGUUUACGCUUGUCACGCUCUACUUUGGGUAUGCUUCAUCGCUGUCCAUUUAUGGAUGCUUCUUCAUACAUGACAAGGAAGAUGGUCGUAACAUGGAGAGUUAUACAAGCACAGAUGCUGCAGAGCAAGGAGUUUAUGGACUUACAGCCAUUGACGAGGCAGUAAACAUAUCGAAAGCUUCUGAUACAUGUGAAGAAGUACCCCUUCGCAAAACAGCAGGGUUAUGGGUUUACAUCUUUCAAGUUGUUUUUCAGACUUGCGCUGGUGCCGUUGUGCUCACAGAUAUCGUGUUUUGGUUGCUUCUGUACCCAUUCACCAAAGGUUCCAAGCUGAGUUUUCUUGCUGCGUGCAUGCAUUCCCUCAAUGCUGUGUUUCUCCUCGGUGACACGGCUCUCAAUGCUUUGCGGUUCCCUUUAUUCCGGAUUGCUUACUUUGUUCUUUGGAGCGUGGCCUUCAUGAUGUAUCAAUGGAUAGUCCAUGCCUUCAACAAUAUAUGGUGGCCUUAUCAAUUUCUGGAUUUGUCAUCAAGAUAUGCUCCUUUAUGGUACUUGGGGGUUGGAGUGAUGCAUUUGCCGUGUUACGGCCUCUUUGCCCUGAUAUUCAAGCUGAAGAAUAACUUGCUGCAGAGGUUGUUUCCGGAAUCUUACCGGGGUCCCUAGGCGCGGCUUAUUUGCCUAUAAUUCGUGGAAUUUCGAAAGAUCUCCGUCUCGAAUGUGUUCAUAUUCUUGUUCUUGAGCGAGGGUAGAGCGAAGAAAAGAGAGGUGCUGUGAUGGAAACCACGGUGUAUACAUCUAUAUUAUAACAAAAUUGAACGCCAUUUUUAUA